GAGGGGUGCCAAUCUCAGGGGCAGCUCGGGUUCCCUCCCCGCCCCCUGCUCCUAGUCCUCCUCCUGACCCUUUUUCUCUUGGCUCUGUAGACAGUGUCUCCAGGACCCAGCAGUGUCCUCUGUCCACUGCCCUAGGCCCUUCCCCACCCCACCCUCACUGUGAGCCCCCGGCUCAGGAGUCAGGACCCAGGGCUCCUCCCUCCCCAGCGAACCUCUUCUGGACCAGCAGAGUCGACCGAGAUCUCACUACCUCCAUGCGCGCCGCCCUCAGGAUGGGGGCCAGAGCUGUGCCGGGCCUGCGGCUGGCGCUGCUGCUGCUGCUGGUGCUAGGGACACCCGAGUCCGGGGUGCGGGGGCAGGACGGGCUGGACUUCCCCGAGUACGAUGGCGUGGACCGCGUGGUCAAUGUCAACGCAAAGAACUACAAGAACGUGUUCAAGAAGUACGAGGUGCUCGCGCUGCUCUACCACGAGCCCCCGGAGGACGACAAGGCCUCACAGAGACAGUUCGAGAUGGAGGAGCUGAUCCUGGAGUUAGCAGCCCAAGUCCUAGAAGACAAGGGUGUUGGCUUCGGGAUGGUGGACUCUGAGAAGGACACAGCUGUAGCCAAGAAAUUAGGACUAACCGAAGAGGACAGUAUCUAUGUGUUCAAGGGAGAUGAAGUCAUUGAAUAUGACGGCGAACUCUCUGCUGACACCCUGGUGGAGUUUCUGCUUGAUGUCCUAGAGGACCCUGUGGAAUUCAUUGAGGGUGAACGAGAGCUGCAGGCAUUUGAGAACAUCGAGGAUGACAACAAACUCAUCGGCUACUUCAAGAGCAAGGACUCAGAGCAUUACAAGGCUUUUGAGGACGCCGCAGAGGAGUUCCAUCCAUACAUCCCCUUCUUCGCCACCUUCGACAGCAAGGUGGCAAAGAAGCUGACCCUGAAGAUGAACGAGGUUGACUUCUAUGAAGCCUUCAUGGAUGAGCCUGUGACGAUCCCAGACAAGCCCAACAGCAAGGAGGAGAUUGUCAGCUUCGUGGAGGAGCACAGGAGAUCGACUCUGAGGAAGCUGAAGCCUGAGAGCAUGUAUGAGACCUGGGAGGACGACAUGGAUGGAAUCCACAUUGUGGCCUUUGCGGAGGAAGCUGAUCCCGACGGCUAUGAGUUCUUAGAGACGCUCAAGGCUGUGGCCCAAGACAACACUGAAAACCCUGAUCUUAGCAUCAUCUGGAUUGACCCUGAUGACUUUCCCCUGCUGGUUCCGUACUGGGAGAAGACGUUUGACAUCGACCUGUCAGCCCCACAAAUAGGAGUCGUCAAUGUUACUGAUGCGGACAGCAUAUGGAUGGAGAUGGACGAUGAGGAGGACCUGCCUUCCGCUGAGGAGCUGGAGGACUGGCUAGAGGAUGUGUUGGAGGGCGAGAUCAACACAGAGGAUGAUGAUGAUGACGACGACGACGACGAUGAUGAUGAUGACGACGAUGAUGACUAGUUGCUAUGGCAACCAUCUCCGUGCCCCACCUGCUGUGUGCUGAGACCCUGGUCCCCAUCACCGGGA